AGUCGUCAUUUCGAGUUCGGCAGAGCUCAAUGGCACUGUAUUAAGAAAAUGUCCAAUUAAAUUCUAAAACUCAAUCUAAAAAUUAUUUUAAAAAUUUCUUACCUUUAGUAAAACUUUUUUUAAAGUUAUUUGGGUAUCUGUGAUAAUAUUUGAUCUCCUUUUCGGUUAUUUUUUUUAUUUACUAUGGAAUUCCUUUCUCGCAAAGUCAAAUCUAACAGCCAAAUUGACACCCGUCAGAUGAACGGCGCAGGAGACAUUUGCAAAAAACGGAGCGAGACCGCGAUGAGUCCAGCGCCCCCCGCGCACCGAGACAAAAGUGGCGCUCCGUUCGCUGCCGCCAAGCAGUCGCAAGCCGCCGGCGGAGGGAAGUGUACGUACGACGUCAUGGAGCGCGAUCGCAUCGGACUGUGGGGCAGCGGCGAUGGCCAGUCCACCAGCCGCCUGUCCGGCCUGGACCGCCUCAAGCACCCCGGCCUCAACAAGGGUAUGGCCUUCUCAAUCGAGGAGAGGCAGGUGCUCGGCAUCCACGGUCUGCUGCCAGCCAGGGUGAAGAGCCAGGAGGAGCAGGUCCAGCUGUGCAAGCUGUCUAUCGACCGCUACGAGGACCCGCUCAACAAAUACAUCUAUCUUAUGGGAUUGCUUGACCGCAACGAGCACUUGUUCUACCGCUUCGUCGGCGAGAACGUGGCCCAGAUGCUGCCCAUCGUGUACACCCCAACUGUGGGCCUGGCCUGCCAGAAGUACGGGCUGGUGUACCGGCGCCCGCGCGGUCUCUUCAUCACCAUCCACGAUAAGGGACACGUCUAUGAGGUGCUUAAGAACUGGCCUGAAACAGACGUCCGUGCCAUCGUGGUGACCGACGGCGAGCGUAUCCUCGGUCUGGGAGACUUGGGAGCGUGUGGUAUGGGCAUCCCUGUCGGCAAGCUGGCGUUGUACACCGCUCUUGCGGGCAUCAAGCCACACCAGUGCCUGCCCAUUACACUAGACGUUGGUACAAACAACCAAACAAUGCUGGAUGACCCGUUAUACAUCGGGCUUCGUGAGAAGCGCGUGCGCGGCGCGGAGUACGACGAGUUCGUUGAAGAAUUCAUGCAGGCAGUCGUGCGCCGCUUCGGACAGAACUGCCUCAUCCAGUUCGAGGACUUCGGUAACGCUAAUGCCUUCAGGCUGCUGGAGAAAUACCGUGGCAAGUACUGCACAUUCAACGAUGACAUCCAGGGUACCGCGUCAGUGGCAGUUGCUGGUCUGCUGGCCAGUCUCAGGGUUACCGGCAAGAAGCUGUCCGAAAACACCAUCGUUUUCCAGGGAGCAGGAGAGGCAUCUCUCGGUAUCGCCGAGCUGUGCGUGAUGGCAAUGAAGGCUGAGGGUACACCAGAGGCUGAAGCACGCGGACGCAUCUUCAUGGUGGACUCCAAGGGACUGAUCGUGAAGAACCGUCCCGAGGGAGGCCUCAACGAGCACAAGGACAAGUUCGCAAAGGAGCAAGCACCCGUGCGCACUCUGGAGGAAGUCGUUGACCAGGUCAAGCCAUCAGUGCUUAUUGGUGCCGCGGCCAUCGGCGGCGCGUUCACGAGCUCCAUCCUGCGCAAGAUGGGCCAGUUCAACGACCGGCCCGUCAUCUUCGCGCUGUCCAACCCCACCAGCAAGGCCGAGUGCACCGCCGAGGAGGCCUACAGCAACACUGACGACCGCGCAAUCUUCGCGUCAGGCUCGCCAUUCCCCGACUACCGCACGAAGGACGGGCGCGUUCUGCGGCCCGGGCAGGGCAACAACGCCUACAUCUUCCCCGGGCUCGCCCUCGGCAUCAUCUGUGCCGGCAUUGUCGAUAUUUCUGAUGACUUCAUGCUGCUGGCUGCUGAGGCGUUGUCAGACAUCGUGUCACAGACAGACUUGGACAAGGGAAGCUUAUACCCACCUCUAGAGGAGAUCCAGAACUGCUCCGUGAAAAUCGCCAAAAAGAUCGUCGAACACGCAUACCAAAUCGGCAAAGCGUCAGUGCUGCCGCAGCCCCUGGACACGGAGAAGUUCAUCCGCGCGCAAAUGUACGACGUGCACUACGCCGGCGCCGUCCCGCCCGUCUACUCGUGGCCCGCCUCCACGGUGCGCGUCGACAUGGUCUAACUACCCACCACACGCUAAGUGCUUGUUCACGUAGGUACGCGCGGGCGCGGGCGCGGGAAACGUUGCGAGCUCGUGUUCACAUUAACCACCAGGCGUUCGCGCGAGUGUGACGUACUAUCGUUUCUAGCGACAAGUUCAAACUGGUUGAACUUACGUGACGUCGCGAGUGAAACGCGCGCGCCGCCGCUAGUUUGACAUGAACACACACAAACAUCUUCACGCGUUGAAAUUACCGCGAGCGCUCCGCGCGCACCAGUCGCUAGCUUGCCCGCUAGUUGGACCGCACCUGCGAUUCGUACGUGAACACUUGCAAUCACUACAUAUGUUUGUUAUUUCGUCACCGCGCCCGCCACCGCGCCCGCGAGUCAACGUGAACAAGCACUAACGCCCACUAGUAAACGAUUUUCAGAUUUCGUCCAUUUGCGACGACAGUGUGGCAUCUCCAAUUAGAUUAAUGUAGAUGUCACAGUCGUCGCAAGAGCACGAUUUGAAUUUAAACACUGUUGUUCAUCAAAGUGGCGACGAGACGAGAUGCAAACCAAUAGGACAUCGUUAUGCGAAGCUGUACGCUUUAUCGGCCUUCCACACAAAUAUGUCGCACUGAGCGGGAGAGACCGGAGCUGGGACGAAAAGAGAAAAAGUAUUCGCUCCGCUUCGUUAGAAAUAAUCAACCUGCUAUGCCGCCCGUCUCAGCACAUCUUGUCGCGUCUCCAAUUUAGUGAAAAGUGGUACUUUUACUCAAUCACCUAAAAAGCUAAAGUGAGACAGUGCAGAUGUCUUGAAAUCGUUUACUAGCACAGCCUGAAACGUAUUGUUUUAAUUUCCAUUAUGGUGGUAAAUCUUGGCUAAUAGGUAGUCGAUGUCUCUGUUCAUAAUUAAUUUGAGCAUUGUUUCAAGUUUCGGGCAGAAUCUAAAGGACUUUAUUGUGGUACCACGAUCUUUGUUUGAUCGUAUUACAGAUUGGCCAGUCACUUCAGCGAUGAAAAUUGAUUACACAGUUCCAAUGGAAAACAAGAUCAAAGAUCGUGAAACUACACUAUGCGCAGCUGUGAUUUACAUAAACAUAAAGGAAUUAUGUGUAUCGCAGUUUUGUAGAGGUGCAUAAUAUCCGCAUAUUUCGGAAGUGCUAAAACUGGUUUGACUCAUUAAAUAAAAAUAUGCAUGUUUUCCUGAUAUACCAUCCGUCAUGUUUUUCUCUCUACAACAUUCGAAAUAUGCAGAUAUUAACUCGCAAUUUCCUAGCGCGUAAAAUACGUGUAAACACCAAUUAAUUUAAAAGGUGCACCAAAUAACACUAUGAAUAAAUUCAUCUGUCAUCUAUUUCAAUAAAUGUUGUUAAAAUUGAUCGAGCUCACCUGGGCAAUGUGACGUCACAAAUUCCAUUAUAAAUGUUUUCAUCGUGUCACGUUAAAUCAUUUUUAUCUUGAUAUCGAUCUAAAACAUCUUGCUUCUUAGUAGUAAUUUUAACUAUUUAUAAUCAUACAUGUUUUUCAUUCUAAAAUCUGUUCAGAGCGCUUGCAAUGAUGUAUUGGCCUGUAUUAAGCAAUGACCCUCAAGUAUGAGUAAACUCUUGAGUUUGAACCAGGAUUUGAGCUUCAUUACAUAAUACAAGCCUGGAGGAGAGAUGGCGUGGGAGAAUUUGUCGUCCAUUCGAUUAGGAUUUACGCAAUUAAAAUUAAAAAUUGUUGAUAGAUCGGAUAGUUACUUCAUGGGCGUAAUAGAUGUUGACGACAGUAAAAUUAUUUGUGCCCAUUUUUUGUAUAUUACAGGGUGAAAUUAUUUAUAGUACCUAACGUUAUAGAUGUAGUUACCAUUUUGUUUAUUUAUAUGCCAGAUGUACUUCAAUAAAUAAAAUUGAAUAAGCUAUUGUAAAAAUAUCGAAUGUUGAUCAUUUUCAGAAAAUAUUACCGCAUUUAUUAUAAGCUUGCACAUGUAUCUUACCAUGUUUAGCCAUUCCAAAUCGUUAUACCUAUUUAAUACUGCUACUUAUGUUAUUCCUAGAACGAGCAAGUACACCUAGUGCUCGAUUGCCUACUUCAAAUGAAUAAUAUUGUU